AUGAGCACGUCAAGGAAUCCGCUGGUCGUCGGGAACAUCGUCGGAGAAAUCAUCGACCACUUUGAUGCUUCGGCGGUGCUGAGGCUGUUCUAUAACAACCGCGAGAUGACCAGUGGGUCUGGGCUGAGGCCGUCGCAGGUGGCCAGGGAGCCGACCGUCCGGAUAACUGGCUCCCGGGGGCGCAAUGAAACAUCACUAUACACGCUGGUGAUGGUGGAUCCUGAUGCACCUAGUCCAAGCAACCCUUCCAAAAGGGAGUACCUCCAUUGGUUAGUGAUGGACAUACCGGAAGGAGGUGAUGUCAGUCAUGGAACUGAGGUGGUGGCGUACGAGAGCCCGCAGCCCAAGGCGGGGAUCCACCGCCUGGCGUUCAUCGUGUUCCGGCAGACGGUUAGGCAGGUGAUCUACGCGCCGGGGUGGCGCCCCAACUUCAACACCAGGGAUUUCGCGGCGUGCUACUGCCUUGGCGCGCCGGUCGCCGCCGCCUACUUCAACUGCCAGAGGGAGGGCGGCUGCGGUGGCCGGAGGUGCAGCUGAAGUCCACGGCGACAAGGCUGUCCGACCGUCGCCCAUCAUCGA